GCGCGCCGGGUGCGGGCAGCUGGGCGCUCAGCUCCGCCAGGCCCGGCGCGGAGCGGGCGGCGCGCAGCGCUAGGGGCGCGGGGCCCGAGCCGGGCGCGGCGGCCGCCGCAGCCAUGAGCGGCAGCAGCGGCGGCGCCGCCGCCCCCGCCGCGUCUUCCAGCCCUGCCGCCACAGCCAGCGCGGCGGGCUCGGGCUGCGGGGGCGGCGCCGGCGAGGGGGCCGAGGAGGCGGCCAAGGACCUGGCCGACAUCGCGGCCUUCUUCCGAUCCGGGUUUCGAAAAAACGAUGAAAUGAAAGCUAUGGAUGUUUUGCCAAUUUUAAAGGAAAAAGUUGCAUACCUUUCAGGGGGCAGAGAUAAACGUGGAGGUCCCAUUUUAACCUUUCCAGCCCGCAGCAAUCAUGACAGAAUACGACAGGAGGAUCUUAGGAGACUCAUUUCCUACCUAGCCUGUAUCCCUAGUGAAGAAGUCUGCAAGCGAGGCUUCACGGUGAUUGUGGACAUGCGUGGGUCCAAGUGGGACUCCAUUAAGCCUCUGCUGAAGAUCCUGCAAGAAUCCUUCCCCUGCUGCAUUCAUGUUGCACUGAUAAUCAAGCCAGACAACUUUUGGCAGAAACAGAGGACUAAUUUUGGCAGUUCUAAAUUUGAAUUUGAGACAAAUAUGGUCUCUUUAGAAGGCCUUACCAAAGUAGUUGAUCCUUCUCAGCUAACUCCCGAGUUUGAUGGCUGCUUGGAAUACAACCAUGAAGAAUGGAUUGAAAUCAGAGUUGCUUUUGAAGAUUACAUUAGCAAUGCAACCCACAUGCUCUCUCGGCUGGAGGAACUUCAGGACAUCCUAGCCAAGAAGGAGUUGCCUCAGGAUUUAGACGGGGCUCGGAAUAUGAUCGAGGAACAUUCCCAGCUGAAGAAGAAGGUGAUUAAGGCCCCCAUAGAGGACUUGGAUUUAGAGGGACAGAAGCUGCUCCAGAGGAUUCAGAGCAGUGACAGCUUUCCCAAAAAGAACUCAGGGUCAGGCAAUGCGGACCUGCAGAGCCUCUUACCCAAGGUGUCCGCCAUGUUGGACAGGCUGCACUCGACACGGCAGCAUCUGCACCAGAUGUGGCAUGUGAGGAAACUGAAGCUGGACCAGUGCUUUCAGCUGAGGCUGUUUGAACAGGAUGCUGAGAAGAUGUUUGACUGGAUCACACACAACAAGGGCCUGUUUCUGAACAGCUACACUGAGAUUGGGACCAGCCAUCCUCAUGCAAUGGAGCUUCAGACACAGCACAACCACUUUGCUAUGAACUGUAUGAACGUGUAUGUCAACAUAAACCGGAUCAUGUCGGUGGCCAAUCGCUUGGUGGAGUCCGGCCACUACGCCUCCCAGCAGAUUAAACAGAUCGCGAAUCAGCUGGAGCAAGAGUGGAAGGCAUUUGCUGCCGCACUGGACGAGCGCAGCACCUUGCUGGACAUGUCCUCCGUUUUCCACCAGAAGGCGGAGAAGUACAUGAGUAACGUGGACUCGUGGUGCAAAGCCUGCGGUGAGGUAGACCUCCCUUCGGAGCUGCAGGAUCUGGAGGACGCCAUUCAUCACCACCAGGGAAUAUACGAGCACAUCACUCUGGCAUAUUCCGAGGUGAGCCAAGACGGGAAGUCGCUCCUUGACAAGCUCCAGCGGCCCUUGACUCCCGGCAGCUCUGACUCCCUGACAGCCUCUGCCAACUACUCCAAGGCCGUGCACCACGUCCUCGACGUCAUCCACGAGGUGCUGCACCACCAGCGGCAGCUUGAGAACAUCUGGCAGCACCGCAAGGUGCGGCUCCACCAGAGGCUGCAGCUGUGCGUGUUCCAGCAGGACGUCCAGCAGGUGCUGGACUGGAUUGAGAACCAUGGGGAAGCAUUUCUGAGCAAACAUACAGGUGUGGGGAAAUCCCUUCAUCGGGCCAGAGCUUUGCAGAAACGUCAUGAAGAUUUUGAAGAAGUAGCACAGAACACGUAUACCAAUGCGGAUAAGUUGCUAGAAGCUGCCGAGCAGCUGGCUCAGACCGGGGAAUGUGACCCAGAAGAGAUUUAUCAGGCUGCCCACCAGCUCGAAGACCGGAUACAAGACUUCGUUCGCCGGGUUGAGCAACGGAAGAUCCUUCUGGACAUGUCGGUGUCCUUUCACACCCACGUCAAAGAGCUGUGGACAUGGCUGGAGGAGCUGCAGAAGGAGCUGCUGGAUGACGUGUACGCCGAGUCCGUGGAGGCCGUGCAGGACCUCAUCAAGCGCUUUGGCCAGCAGCAGCAGACGACCCUACAAGUGACGGUCAACGUGAUUAAGGAAGGGGAGGACCUCAUCCAGCAGCUGAGAGACUCCGCCAUCUCCAGCAACAAGACCCCGCACAACAGCUCCAUCAGCCACAUCGAGACGGUGCUGCAGCAGCUGGACGAGGCCCAGGCCCAGAUGGAGGAGCUCUUCCAGGAGCGCAAGAUCAAGCUCGAGCUCUUCCUGCAGCUGCGCAUCUUUGAGAGGGAUGCCAUCGAUAUCAUCUCAGACCUUGAGUCUUGGAACGAUGAGCUUUCUCAGCAAAUGAAUGACUUUGACACCGAAGAUCUCACAAUAGCAGAACAGCGCCUGCAGCACCAUGCAGACAAAGCUCUGACCAUGAACAACUUGACCUUUGAUGUCAUCCACCAAGGGCAGGACCUUUUGCAGUAUGUCAAUGAAGUGCAGGCCUCAGGUGUGGAGCUGCUUUGUGAUAGAGAUGUAGACAUGGCCACUCGGGUCCAGGACUUGUUGGAGUUUCUUCAUGAAAAGCAGCAAGAGCUGGACUUGGCAGCAGAGCAGCAUCGGAAGCACCUGGAGCAGUGUGUGCAGCUUCGCCACCUACAGGCGGAAGUUAAACAGGUGCUGGGCUGGAUCCGCAACGGAGAGUCGAUGCUGAACGCGGGGCUCAUCACGGCCAGCUCGCUGCAGGAGGCGGAGCAGCUGCAGCGGGAGCACGAGCAGUUCCAGCACGCCAUCGAGAAAACGCAUCAGAGUGCGCUGCAGGUGCAGCAGAAGGCCGAAGCCAUGCUGCAGGCCAAUCACUACGACAUGGACAUGAUCAGGGACUGUGCUGAGAAGGUGGCCUCUCACUGGCAGCAGCUCAUGCUCAAGAUGGAAGACCGCCUCAAGCUCGUGAACGCCUCCGUCGCCUUCUACAAAACUUCGGAGCAGGUCUGCAGUGUCCUGGAGAGCCUGGAGCAGGAGUACAAGAGAGAGGAGGACUGGUGCGGCGGGGCCGACAAACUGGGCCCCAAUUCCGAGACGGAUCACGUCACUCCCAUGAUCAGCAAACACCUUGAACAAAAGGAAGCGUUCCUGAAGGCUUGCACACUUGCGAGAAGGAACGCAGAUGUCUUCCUCAAGUACCUGCACAGGAAUAGUGUGAACAUGCCGGGGAUGGUGACACAUAUCAAAGCCCCUGAACAACAAGUGAAAAAUAUCUUGAAUGAGCUCUUCCAGCGGGAGAACAGGGUAUUGCAUUACUGGACCAUGAGAAAGAGGCGGCUGGACCAGUGCCAGCAGUACGUGGUCUUCGAGCGAAGUGCCAAGCAGGCUCUGGAAUGGAUCCAUGACAACGGGGAGUUCUACCUGUCCACACACACCUCCACGGGUUCGAGCAUACAGCACACCCAAGAGCUGCUGAAGGAGCACGAGGAGUUCCAGAUAACCGCCAAGCAAACCAAAGAGAGGGUGAAGCUAUUAAUACAGCUGGCUGAUGGCUUUUGUGAAAAAGGGCAUGCCCAUGCGGCAGAGAUAAAAAAAUGUGUCACCGCCGUGGAUAAGAGGUACAGAGAUUUCUCUCUGCGGAUGGAGAAGUACAGGACCUCUUUGGAGAAAGCCCUGGGGAUUUCUUCAGAUUCCAACAAAUCGAGUAAAAGUCUUCAGCUAGACAUCAUUCCAGCCAGUAUCCCUGGGUCAGAGGUCAAAUUGCGCGAUGCUGCUCAUGAGCUUAAUGAAGAAAAACGGAAAUCUGCCCGCAGAAAAGAGUUCAUAAUGGCUGAGUUAAUUCAAACUGAAAAGGCUUAUGUAAGAGACCUCCGGGAGUGUAUGGAUACCUACCUGUGGGAAAUGACCAGCGGCGUGGAGGAGAUCCCCCCGGGCAUUGUGAACAAAGAGCUCAUCAUCUUCGGGAACAUGCAGGAAAUCUAUGAGUUCCACAACAACAUAUUCCUGAAAGAGCUGGAAAAAUACGAGCAGUUGCCAGAAGACGUUGGGCAUUGCUUUGUUACUUGGGCAGACAAGUUUCAGAUGUAUGUCACUUAUUGCAAAAAUAAGCCUGAUUCUACUCAGCUGAUACUGGAGCAUGCAGGAUCCUACUUUGAUGAGAUACAGCAGCGGCACGGAUUGGCCAAUUCCAUCUCUUCCUACCUUAUUAAACCAGUUCAGCGAAUAACGAAGUAUCAGCUCCUUUUAAAAGAGCUGCUCACAUGCUGCGAGGAAGGGAAGGGGGAGAUCAAAGAUGGCCUGGAGGUGAUGCUCAGCGUGCCCAAGCGGGCCAACGACGCCAUGCACCUAAGCAUGCUGGAAGGGUUUGAUGAAAAUAUUGAGUCUCAGGGAGAACUCAUCCUGCAGGAAUCCUUCCAAGUGUGGGACCCAAAAACCUUAAUUCGAAAGGGUCGAGAACGGCAUCUCUUCCUUUUUGAAAUGUCCUUAGUAUUUAGUAAAGAAGUGAAAGAUUCCAGUGGGAGAAGCAAGUACCUUUAUAAAAGCAAAUUGUUUACCUCAGAGUUGGGUGUCACAGAGCAUGUGGAAGGAGACCCUUGCAAGUUUGCACUGUGGGUGGGGAGGACGCCAACUUCAGAUAAUAAAAUCGUCCUUAAGGCUUCCAGCAUAGAAAACAAGCAGGACUGGAUCAAGCACAUCCGGGAAGUGAUACAGGAGCGGACUAUCCACCUGAAAGGCGCCCUGAAGGAGCCCAUUCACAUCCCCAAAACAGCCCCAGCAACAAGGCAGAAGGGCAGGAGGGAUGGAGAGGACCUGGACAGCCAAGGUGAUGGCAGCAGCCAGCCCGAUACAAUUUCAAUCGCCUCCCGGACGUCUCAGAACACACUGGACAGUGAUAAGCUCUCUGGCGGCUGCGAGCUGACAGUGGUGAUCCACGACUUCACAGCCUGCAACAGCACCGAGCUGACCAUCCGCCGCGGCCAGACUGUGGAGGUUUUGGAGCGGCCCCACGACAAGCCCGACUGGUGUCUGGUACGGACCACCGACCGGUCGCCCGCGGCCGAAGGCCUGGUUCCCUGCGGCUCUCUGUGCAUCGCCCACUCGAGAAGUAGUAUGGAAAUGGAGGGGAUCUUCAACCACAAAGACUCGCUGUCCGUCUCCAGUAACGAUGCCAGCCCACCUGCCUCUGUGGCCUCCCUGCAACCCCACAUGAUGGGGGCCCAGAGCUCCCCAGGGCCCAAGCGCCCGGGCAACACCCUGCGCAAGUGGCUCACGAGCCCAGUGCGGCGGCUGAGCAGUGGCAAAGCCGACGGGCAUGUGAAAAAGCUGGCACACAAGCACAAGAAGAGCAGAGAGGUCCGCAAGAGUGCCGAUGCCGGUUCGCAGAAAGACUCGGACGACAGCGCGGCCACCCCACAGGACGAGACCGUCGAAGAGCGGGGCCGCAACGAGGGCCUGAGCAGCGGCACGCUCUCCAAGUCCUCAUCCUCAGGCAUGCAGAGCUGCGGCGAAGAAGAAGGGGAGGAGGGGGCCGACGCCGUGCCCCUGCCCCCGCCAAUGGCCAUCCAGCAACACAGCCUGCUCCAGCCAGACUCGCAGGACGACAAGGCCUCUUCUCGGUUAUUAGUCCGCCCCACCAGCUCCGAAACGCCGAGUGCAGCUGAGCUUGUCAGUGCAAUUGAGGAACUCGUGAAAAGCAAGAUGGCACUGGAGGACCGUCCCAGCUCACUCCUAGUUGACCAGGGAGACAGCAGCAGCCCCUCCUUCAACCCUUCAGACAAUUCCCUUCUCUCCUCCUCCUCGCCGAUUGAUGAGAUGGAAGAAAGGAAGUCCAGCUCCCUGAAGAGACGCCACUAUGUUUUGCAAGAAUUAGUGGAGACAGAGCGUGACUACGUGCGGGAUCUCGGCUAUGUGGUUGAGGGCUACAUGGCACUUAUGAAAGAAGAUGGCGUUCCUGAUGACAUGAAGGGCAAAGACAAGAUUGUGUUUGGCAACAUCCAUCAGAUUUAUGACUGGCACCGAGACUUUUUUUUAGGAGAGUUGGAGAAGUGCCUUGAAGAUCCAGAAAAGCUAGGAUCCCUUUUUGUGAAACAUGAGAGAAGGUUGCACAUGUACAUAGUUUAUUGUCAAAAUAAACCAAAGUCUGAGCACAUUGUAUCAGAAUACAUUGAUACCUUUUUUGAGGACUUAAAGCAGCGCCUUGGUCAUAGGUUGCAACUCACAGAUUUGUUAAUCAAACCAGUGCAGAGAAUUAUGAAAUACCAGCUGUUACUGAAGGACUUCCUCAAGUAUUCCAAAAAAGCUAGCUUGGAUACAUCAGAGCUAGAGAGAGCUGUGGAAGUCAUGUGCAUAGUGCCAAAGCGGUGCAACGACAUGAUGAACGUUGGGCGGCUGCAAGGAUUCGACGGUAAAAUUGUUGCCCAGGGCAAGCUGCUCUUACAGGAUACAUUCUUGGUCACAGACCAAGACGCAGGGCUCCUGCCUCGCUGCAGAGAGAGGCGGGUCUUCCUCUUCGAGCAGAUCGUCAUUUUCAGCGAGCCCCUGGAUAAAAAAAAGGGCUUCUCCAUGCCAGGAUUCCUGUUCAAGAACAGUAUCAAGGUGAGUUGCCUUUGCCUAGAAGAAAAUGUGGAAAAUGAUCCCUGUAAAUUUGCCCUGACAUCGAGGACAGGUGACGUGGUGGAGACCUUCGUUUUGCAUUCGUCCAGUCCAAGUGUCCGGCAAACGUGGAUCCAUGAAAUCAACCAAAUCUUAGAAAACCAGCGCAAUUUUUUAAAUGAUGAGGAAGCUGAGGCAUGGAGUAAGUGGAUUAGUAAUUUGCCCGAAGUCCCACAAAUUGUCGGUGGCACAAUCAGGACUCCGAGCAGACUGUCUGGCUCUCAGACAUGUGCCCCGCACUGCUGUCCUGUUUCGUCCUGUCCCACGUGGCCUCUCGCACAACAUGUGCACCAGAGCCCUGUCCUGGAACAGCAACGCAUGAGGAAACCAGAGGCAGCAGCCUUGACAUCACCCAUCGAGUAUCAGAGGAACCACAGCGGGGGCAGCGGGGGCGGGGGCAGUGGAGGCGGGACCCCCGGUGGCGGCAGCGGCGGCGGCGGCAACCACAGCAGCGGCCCCAGCAGCUGCAGUGGCCUCCCCAGCUCCAGCAGAAGCAGGCCCUCCCGGAUCCCCCAGCCUGUCCGACACCACUCCCCCGUGCUGGUCUCCUCUGCAGCCUCCAGCCAGGCAGAGGCAGACAAGAUGUCAGGUAUGUCCACUCCCGGCCCUGCACUGCUUCCUCCCACCAGCAGCCUCACCCUGGAGGCUGGCCCUGGCCAACCUGGCAGGCACCCCGCGGGCGGCCAGUCUGAGGGUCCUGAGAGAGAAGCGGAGCAGAUCCCCAAGAUGAAGGUGAUUGAGAGCCCCAGGAAGUCCACCGGGAACACUGCAGGUGCCAGCCAGGAUGGAAAUGCCAAGGAGGACAGCCGCGCACGGAGUGGCCUGGGCUCCCUGCCCCUGGGAAAGCCCAGGCCCGGGGCCAUCUCGCCACUGAACUCUCCUCUCUCCACCACAUUCCCGUCUCCGUUGGGCAAGGAGCCCUUUGCCCCCAGCAGCCCCCUGCAGAAGGGGGGCUCCUUCUGGAGCUCCAUCCCCGCCUCCCCCGCCAGCCGGCCGGGCUCCUUCACCUUCCCGGGAGACAGUGACUCCCUGCAGCGGCAGGCGCACCGCCACGCGGCCCCCAGCAAGGACACGGACCGCAUGAGCACGUGCUCCUCGGCCAGCGAGCAGUCCGUGCAGUCUGCCCAGAGCAAUGGGAGUGAAAGUAGCAGCAGUAGCAACAUCUCCACCAUGUUGGUGACACACGAUUACACGGCAGUGAAGGAGGAUGAGAUCAACGUCUAUCAAGGAGAGGUCGUUCAAAUUCUGGCCAGCAAUCAGCAGAACAUGUUUCUGGUGUUCCGAGCCGCCACUGACCAGUGCCCCGCAGCCGAGGGCUGGAUUCCGGGCUUCGUCCUGGGGCAUACCAGCACAGUCAUCAUGGAGAACCCCGAUGGGACCCUCAAGAAGUCAACAUCUUGGCACACAGCACUCCGUUUAAGGAAAAAAUCUGAGAAAAAAGAUAAAGACGGCAAACGGGAAGGCAAGUUAGAGAAUGGUUAUCGGAAAUCGCGGGAAGGCCUCAGCAACAAGGUAUCUGUGAAGCUUCUCAAUCCCAACUACAUUUAUGACGUUCCCCCAGAAUUCGCCAUUCCCUUGAGUGAGGUCACGUGUGAGACAGGGGAGACCGUUGUUCUUAGAUGUCGGGUUUGUGGACGCCCAAAGGCCUCGAUCACCUGGAAGGGCCCUGAACAUAACACCUUGAACAACGAUGGCCACUACAGCAUCUCGUACAGUGACUUAGGAGAGGCCACUUUGAAGAUCGUCGGCGUGACCACAGAAGAUGACGGCAUCUACACGUGCAUCGCUGUGAACGACAUGGGUUCAGCCUCGUGUUCAGCCAGUCUGAGGGUUCUAGGUCCAGGGAGCGAUGGGAUCAUGGUGACCUGGAAAGACAACUUUGACUCCUUCUACAGCGAAGUGGCUGAGCUUGGCAGGGGCAGGUUCUCUGUCGUUAAGAAAUGUGAUCAGAAGGGAACCAAACGAGCCGUGGCCACUAAGUUCGUGAACAAGAAGUUGAUGAAGCGUGACCAGGUCACCCACGAGCUUGGAGUCCUGCAGAACGUCCAGCACCCACUCCUGGUUGGCCUCCUUGACACCUUUGAGACCCCCAACAGCUACGUCCUGGUUUUGGAAAUUGCUGACCAGGGGCGUCUCCUGGACUGUGUGGUGCGAUGGGGAAACCUCACCGAAGGGAAGAUCAGGGCGUAUCUGGGGGAGGUUCUGGAAGCCGUCCGAUACCUUCACAACUGCAGGAUAGCACACCUGGACCUAAAGCCCGAAAACAUCCUGGUGGAUCAGAGUUCAGCCAAGCCCACAAUUAAACUGGCUGACUUCGGAGAUGCUGUCCAACUCAACACGACCUACUACAUCCACCAGUUACUGGGGAACCCCGAAUUUGCAGCGCCCGAAAUCAUCCUCGGGAACCCGGUCUCCCUGACCUCGGAUACGUGGAGUGUUGGAGUGCUCACAUAUGUACUUCUUAGCGGCGUGUCCCCCUUCCUGGACGACAGCGUAGAAGAGACCUGCCUGAACAUUUGCCGACUAGACUUUAGUUUCCCAGAUGACUACUUUAAAGGAGUAAGCCAGAAGGCCAAGGAUUUCGUGUGUUUCCUCCUGCAAGAGGACCCUGCCAAGCGUCCCUCGGCUGCGCUGGCCCUCCAGGAGCAGUGGCUGCAGGCGGGCCACGGCAACGGCAAAGGCGCGGGCGUCCUCGACACGUCCAGACUGACUUCCUUCAUUGAGCGGCGCAAACACCAGAACGAUGUUCGACCAAUUCGUAGCAUUAAAAACUUCUUACAGAGCAGGCUUUUGCCUAGGGUUUGACCUGUCUUGAAGUUCUUUCUCAUUCUCUUUCACCUGCCAAUCAGCUGUUAAUUUGAAUUUUGAAGAGAGACACAAACCAACCUAACUGCUCAGCUGCCGUAUGUUCAUCGUGUGGAAUCGGCACUCCGAGCGAGCCGCGCUCGGCAGUGCUCGGGGCUCGGGCUGCCGGCCGUGCUGGGGUGGAGGACCUUCUCUUGCACUCUGAGAGCGGAGACAGCAUCGCUGUGUCACAGUCUUUUAUUCAGGUUUCUGCAAAAAAAAAAGAAAAAGAAACUUUUUUUAAAUGAACUCGAAUAGAAUUUUGCAAAUUUAUCAUUUUCCAAGACUUAUUCAAGGAAACGAAAUGCCUAUGUUCAACCACUGGUGUUAACGAACAAAACAGAGAUACUGGGCACCUCUGGGGAAGACUCACCCCCGUGGCAGCCAUCCCCACAACCCGGGCCAGAGCUCGGCAUCUGCCGGGCUCUGAGCUUUCCCAGCUGCCUGGUCUGCAUGCAUCUCUCUGGGAUGCCAGACUAGGCUUCUGAAACGUGCAUUCAACCUCAAACCUUUGCAUAAAAAUAGAAUGAAUUGUUUUGCUCUGAUGAAAUGUAGGCCUUACUUGUAUAUAAGACUGGUCCUGCCUUCGGUCUGCCCUUUUCCCACCUGCCUUUUCUCCCGCUCCCUGCCCUCUGCCUGGGGCUUCCUUUGGAGGUCGGAGGGUUCUGCCCAUCCACUGAGGACAUCAGGUUGGGCCCUGCCCCGCUGCCCCCACCCCCAAGCCGUCAAUCAGAUUGUUGAGCAGUAUACAGUCAGAUGAAAAUACUGUAAAUGCACUCAUUGGGGGGUUUUUUUGGUUUUAUUUCAUAUCAUGUGCAAUGUUGUGGCUUUAACAUUUUAUGCAACUAUUUAUGAAGACCUCUGUUGUACCUGUAAUAAAUAUAUAGAAAAAGCACAUACUUCG